AUGUCGUUGCAAGCACUUCAAAGUCACCGCCGACUAUGGCGGCCAAUGGCAACCGCAAUGACUGGUCAUGCCAUGGUCUCGGUCAGAAGCAAUGCUAUGAAAGGCAGCCGUUUAUCUCACAUAAUGGCUCGAUUCCCUGGUGCUCCCAGUACCCAAAUGACUACAAAAAUGGAAUUCGUCACGCCAACCCAGUUUCCAGUCAUUCCGACUUAUACCGUCAUGAACUCCGAGGGCAACCUCGAGGAUCAACAACGACAAAAUCCCGAGGUCUCUGAAGAACAAGCUCUCGGGUGGUAUAAGAACAUGUUAACAUUGAACAUAUUAGACCACAUUAUGUCAGAGGCCCAACGGCAGGGGCGGUUAAGCUUCUAUAUGGCAGCUACUGGUGAAGAAGCUGUCAUGAUUGGCUCAGCUGCGGCCUUGGAGCCACAGGAUGUGAUAACAUGUCAGUAUAGGGAGACUGGCGUUUUCAUACAGCGCGGGUUCACUCUAGAAGAUCUGAUGAACCAAUUGACGUCGAACAAGGAUGACCCGGGAAAGGGAAGGAAUAUGCCUGUCCACUAUAGCGGGAGAAACAAAGUUGGUGCUCACGCUGUUGCGUCGACCCUCGGAACUCAAAUUCCUCAUGCCGUCGGAGCGGCUUAUGCACUGAAGAUGCAAAGCAUGGAAGACUCUUCAGUCCCCCCAGCAGUUGCAGCCGCCUACUUUGGUGACGGUGCAGCAAGCGAAGGUGACUUCCAUGGUGCAUUGAACAUAGCGGCCUUACGGCAAUGUCCAGUGAUUUUCAUCUGUCGCAAUAACGGGUACGCAAUCUCCACGCCAGCAUCAGAGCAGUAUCGAGGCGAUGGAAUUGCCGGUAGAGGAGCAGGGUAUGGAAUUGAUACCUUGAGAGUAGACGGCGCAGAUAUCUUUGCAGUCUAUGAAGCUACGAAAGAAGCCCGCAAACGAGCCUUGGAGAACGGUGGUCAACCGAUUCUCUUGGAGCUAAUGAGCUACCGCCUCUCACACCAUAGCACUAGUGAUGAUAGUGCAGCCUACCGCUCAUCCGACGAGAUGGCCAGCUGGAGGACGCAGUAUAACCCUAUCGACAAACUACGUAACUGGCUUAUACGUCGAAAAGUUUGGGAUGAAAAGAUGGACUUGCUUACACGAAGGGAAACCAGAGACAAGAUCAUCAAGGCGCUAGGGGAGGCUGAGAAGACGAAGAAGCCUGCACUGAAGGAGAUCUUUACCGAUGUCUACGCCGAGCUAACGGAGGAACAAGCAGAACAGAGGGAUGAACUCAAACGUCUGAUCACCAAGUUCCCCGGUGAAUACGACAUUGGCCUUCAUGAGGGGGGGGGUUAG